AUGUUAUCAGAGGAGAAUGGACUGUGUAUCCCGUCCUUCUGUGCCGACUACCGCCAACACUGUUUAAUUGAAACCCCCAAAUCCUGGUCUGAUGCCCAGAGCUACUGCAGAGAGAGAGGCCACGACCUGGCCACCAUAGACGACAUGGGGGCAAUGAAGUCACUGCUGGCCUUGAAUGCAGACAGAGCUCAUGAUGAGCUGUGGAUCGGACUUCGUCAUGGGGGUCGUGAAAGGUGGCAUUGGUCACUGGCAGACAAGGACUUCUACCAAGAGGGAGAAAGAAAUUACCGUAAUUUCAACGGAGGGAGUGAUAGGUUGGUUGUGCAAUCUUACAGCGGUAAAUGGAUAAAGCAAGGCCUUGACAAAAAACACCGGUUUGUGUGUUAUGAUGGUAAGGAAACAUACACACUUUUGUCAGGUAAUAGACAAGGUGGAGACCGAUAUGUCUUCGUGAGAAGGGUGGUGACCUGGACCUGGGCGAAAGCGUACUGCAGGAGGCACCAUACGGACCUGGUCAGCAUCAGGAACUCAACAGAGAACCAGGCAGUCGUGGAGUUAAGGGGUGGUACUGGUUAUUAUGUCUGGAUCGGCCUCUUCACUGAUGCAUGGCUCUGGUCCGACGGGCGCUACUCCUCCCUUCGAAUCUGGGAUCAAGAUACAUUUGUUGUGAAUUUCCCUCAAAGUUGCGCUGUGAUGACUAGCCACAUUUCUGGAAGAUGGAGCCAACGAUCAUGUGACGAGCUGCAUCCGUUUCUCUGCACCUGCACUAGGAAAUGGGUUCUCAAGGUGAAGGUGCGUUCAGAGGACAGACAGGAACUGAACGAUCCUGCCAUGAAAACUGCCAUCUUAAAACAAACCCAACAGCUGCUGAACGUAGCGAGUUUGAGCAACCACCAUAAGAUAGCGUGGAAAACCAAUUCUGAUGGACAGGUCUUCACCAAGGAGCAGUGUCAGGAAGAAGACGGCGACAUUUAAACUGAUCAACUGAAAAAGAGCAAUCCCAAGACCUGUGUAAUGUUGAAAAGUCUCACAAGUCAUUAGAUAAUAAAUAUCUAAAGUCUGUCAGCAGAUGACCUGGGUGAAAAGUAAUCGGAUUUGUUAAUUUUGGCCGGUUCUCACUAAAGUCACAAUUAUGAUGGUCGCAUUACUUGAGCAAUGUUUGCAUUAUUCGUUAACAUUUAUAUUCAUGAACCAAAUCAUCUCUUUGUAUUCCAUUGGAGGAUGAAAAGUACAACUAUAAGGGGAAUGAAAAUACAAGGAAAUAUUUAUUUUUGUAGGGGCCAUGAAUGUCAAUUGGGUCACGUGUCUAAUACCUCUGUUUUAGGGUAGCAACAAAUAUAAAAUAGUUUCUUGAAUGUAUAAUCACGUGUUUGCUAUAUAUGACCAAGACUUCAGUUUGAGUAGCUGUAUAAUGUAAUUAAAGAAGGGUAGCCUGAAAGAGUAUAUGAGGCUCAGCCUCUGAGCAGAACGUGGAGCUUCAGAGACUGCUGAGGGACACGUGUCCACUCCACAUUCAGGUUCAGGGCUGAGACUGGACUUUGCAUUAUUUUACAUUUAUGAGAUAUCUUUCUAGUUAGGUGUGUCUUACUAUUGGCUAACAGUUCAUUUGAUCUGUUCUUGAUUUGAUUUAUAACAUGUUUUAACGUGUUAAGGUUGAGGAUUACAAUGCACAUAAGUCAUUGUAGCAAUGUCCCACCUAGGUGGCUUUACAGCAAGGACACAGGGGUCGAUCUUUCGGCAAGGCAACUUUAUUUAUAUAGCAGACUGUGACUGUUUAAACCAGUUUAUAACAGAGUUAGGAGUUCAAUGAUUUGUAAGUGUAAGGAAGGGUUGCAUGCUGCGGAUGGGGAUGGCUGGUUUAGCCAUGCUCAAUGCAGGGGUAAACAGGCGUGCAGCCUCACCCAGGUCCAGAGUCUUAUUAGUCUGACUCAGGCCAGCCGAGACUGCUUAAACCAGCCAUCAA